AUGACUACCACUCCACCCGAAACACCAAUUGCUAAUUCAUUAUCGCUUGUUUCUUCAUUUUAUGAUAGUAAUGGAGAAACUCAAAAUCCACAAAAUUCCGGAAGAAGAAAGGAAUAUGAGGAAUAUAUUAAUAAUUUGAGAAGAGAAUACAAUUUAUUAAAGGAGAGAAAUGAAGUGUUGGAAAAAGAAAAUGAGUUAUUAAAAGAGAAUAGUAAGGAUAGUGAAGAAAAAAUUAGUUCGAUAGAAGUUGAAAAUGGAUAUAUUGACUUGGGUAUUACAAAAGUCAAUGGCAAAUUCAAAGUUGUAUUUAAUAAUAAUUUAGAUAUUUGA